CCCUCCAGCCAGAGCGUGGACCCGGUCUGCGGCCGAGAGCCGGCGGGAGCGGCAGCUGCGCGACGACCCUAAGGACCCAGCGGACCCCGGGCUGGCCCGGAGCGCGUGACUCGGGACCGGACGGGGCGCCCCUCUGUACCACCCUGCGCGGCGCCGGGAAGCCAGAGGCCCGCAGGUGCAGCUCUCUCUCCUCGCCCUCCAGUCGCAGCCACCGACCAUGGAGUCUCCGGUGCAGAUCUUCCGCGGGGACCCGGGCCCCUCCUGCGCCCCGAGCGCCUGCCUGCUCCCCAACAGCAGCAGCUGGUUCCCAGGCUGGGCCGAGCCGGACGGCAACGGCAGCGCCGGCGCCGAGGACGCGCCGCCGGAGCCCGCGCACAUCUCCCCGGCCAUCCCGGUCAUCAUCACCGCCGUCUACUCCGUGGUGUUCGUGGUGGGCUUGGUGGGCAACUCGCUGGUCAUGUUCGUGAUCAUCCGAUACACAAAGAUGAAGACAGCAACCAACAUUUACAUAUUUAACCUGGCUUUGGCAGACGCGUUAGUUACAACCACCAUGCCCUUCCAGAGCACCGUCUACCUGAUGAAUUCCUGGCCUUUUGGGGACGUGCUGUGCAAAAUCGUCAUUUCCAUUGACUACUACAACAUGUUCACCAGCAUCUUCACCCUGACCAUGAUGAGUGUAGACCGCUACAUAGCCGUGUGCCACCCCGUCAAGGCAUUGGACUUCCGCACGCCCCUGAAGGCGAAGAUCAUCAAUAUCUGCAUCUGGCUUCUCUCAUCAUCCGUUGGCAUAUCCGCCAUCGUCCUUGGAGGCACCAAGGUCAGGGAAGACGUGGACGUCAUCGAGUGCUCCUUGCAGUUCCCUGAUGACAGUUACUCCUGGUGGGACCUCUUCCUGAAGAUCUGCGUCUUUGUCUUUGCCUUCGUGAUCCCCGUCCUCAUCAUCAUCGUCUGCUAUACCCUGAUGAUCCUGCGCCUGAAGAGCGUCCGGCUCCUCUCGGGCUCCCGAGAGAAGGAUCGGAACCUCCGUCGGAUCACCAGGCUCGUCCUGGUGGUGGUGGCCGUCUUCAUCAUCUGUUGGACGCCCAUUCACAUCUUCAUCCUGGUGGAGGCUCUGGGCAGCACCUCCCACAGCACGGCCGCCCUGUCCAGCUACUACUUCUGCAUCGCCCUGGGGUACACCAACAGCAGCCUGAACCCCAUCCUCUACGCCUUUCUGGACGAAAACUUCAAGCGGUGUUUCAGGGACUUCUGCUUCCCCGUGAAGAUGAGGAUGGAGCGGCAGAGCACCAGCAGAGUCAGAAAUACGGUUCAGGAUCCUGCUUAUCUGAGGGAUGCUGACGGAUUGAAUAAACCAGUAUGACUAGUCGUGGAGAUGUCUUCCUAUAGUUCUCCAGGAAGAGAGGAGUUCAACGAUCUAGGGUUAACCCAGAUCACAACUGCAGUCUGAGAUGGGGAGAGAGGAUUUCUAGUAAACUUUGAAACUCUCUUGGUCUGAAGUUCUAAGGUGUAGGCUGCUUUCGUCGGCCAGGUCAAUGGAAGCACAAAGGCCAAAGAGGGAUUGAGUACAAAAGAUACAAAAGAUCUGAUUGAGUCCGGGCAAGGACAGCUCUCCCAGGCAGAGAAAUAAGGAAGACUUCCACUUCCUUUAAUGAACAAAGAAACAAGACUUCUCCUUCUGGCUACCUAGAUUUAAUUCAGCACCCAAUGCUGUGGCCUUCAGAUGCAAUGCAGUUUUAAAAUCUCUGUUUAGCAAAAAGGGGAAAACAUUUUUUUUUAAAAGCGCUGGUCUUGGAGCUUGGUGGCUUCCAAUCCAGAGACUUAACGUUGAUAGAAACAACCCCUAAAAGAAGGACAACCAUACCCAGGGCUCUAGCCCAGCUUCCUAUGAACUCAGUGGACAUGCUUUUGUGGGGCUGUGGGUGAAAGUGUCAGCUUAGUUAUGACUCAGACCCACACACACUGGAGGUGUUUGAUGUCCCAGUAAAGAAUUUAUCUCGAUGCUCAUGAAACUAUUUAAAUAUGCAAAAGGUGGUUUCCAACAGUUUACUUUCUUGAUAACUAUGGGUGGGUUUUCUUAGCUUAUUAUUCUGAUAAAUAAUCUCAUAAUAAGGCAUGUCCUAAUGUCAAGAAACAUAAAGUACUUUAAAUACCACCUUUGGUAGAUAGAGUUUCGUCUGUAAAUAGAGUAUAUGAGCAAAUGAGGAGGGAGCAUGCCUUCCAGCCAGGCAAUUUCCCAAGGGUGCGCUGAUGAUGUUCCUGAGUUACUUGGAGUUGAGGCUAAGGCACUUUGCUACAUGAGCUGCUCUCUGGGAGCCAGUCCCAGCCCCGUCUGCCUUGGACAGCUGGACCAUUUUGUCCUUCAUCAGGGCUCACUGUGCAUGUGCCAGCACACUGUCAAUGCUGGUGUAGCAGUGGGCAGAGUCUAGUUCAUUUGCUGAUCUCCUUAUGAAUAUAUAGCUAUUGCCAGGUUCCCUCCAUUCAUGGAGAGGAGGGCAUUUAACUUAUGGGAAUCUCAGGAUAUUAUUUUGUGGCUUUCAGCAGAAAGUAGUGCAGUCCCAAAAAGUGUGCUGAAUGAGGACAUUAUGGGACUCACGGCCAGGACCCACCUUGAACUGUGUUCUGCAAAGAGCUGGUGUCCUGGAGAUAAUGCCAUCAGCAGCACAUUUAGGGUAAUUUCACUGAAACUUCCAGAUGACAAAUAAAUUCCCAUUUUCCCCCUGAAAUGUGGUUUCAGAGGUAAUGGCUUUUUCUGUGAUUUUCUUGGGCAGAAAAAGAGGAUAAUUUAGAAAUAACAUCAAUCUCUUCUUUAAGCAUAGUAUGUCAUGUGGGCAACGCCCUCUGGAAUUUCAUAGUAAAAUUACAUGUACAGACCUAAAUAACUCUAGACAUCACUAUGUCUAUAAGUUCUAUUCACUGUCUGCUUUCUCUCUCUUGUAUAUACUGUCCCCUUUUGAAAAGAAAAUCUUACAUUGAAAGUUUUACACAUGGCUUCAGAAUUUUACUAUAAUCAUGUUGGUUUAUUGAGAUGUUAGAUUUUCAUGGCACUAACAGAUGAUUUAAGGCAGCGUGGCAGGAUUUUUUCUUAAUUGAAAAUGAGGAGCUCUUUUGGGCAUUUCUUCCUGAAAAUUUUUAGGUGUCCUUAUAUUCUUAGAAAUAAAUGCAGAGAAGAAUGGCUUAAAUAUUUGUUGAUGUUGGCCCCAGAGUUUAAAAUCUUGGCUAUCAUAUAGGAGGGAUAUGAUAUCUACAUAGAGGGUAUUUCUAGGAAUAAAUCGUAUGGAAGUAUAGGGAAUAUAUAACUUCUUUAGGGAAGAGUAAAGUCCAGGAGAUUGUCAUGGUGGGUUUUUAUGCAGUCUAAAAAUAUAGCGGAGCUAUAAUUGUGGGAGGAAACUGUAGUAAUUUUUUUCCCUUUAAGUUAGCUCCCACAUGCCCUUGUGGCAGUGGCUAUUGGAGUCUGGGCUUUGCUUGGGUAUCCUGCAUCUCUUCAUAUCUAAGUGUGCAGCCAAAGGAGAGAGGGAUGUAGCUCUCAGUGCCCAGGAGGGUAUUCCAAGUUCCUGCAUUAUGGUUAGCACCAGUUUCCCCAAACUAAAAGGGGGACAGAAGAUGGAUAGGGCAUUUUAGAACAUGUCAUUGAAAGAAUGAUGAGAUGAAUUGUAUAAAAUGAGUACAUUGAAAAAUACAGCUCACUCAGCUGUGUUUCUUUCAAGAGUGUGUCAGUAUGUGUGACUGUGUGUGUGUUUUACUAACAUGAGACAGUGGUCAUAUUUGUCCUAAGUUCAUCGUUCCAGACAAUGCAUUUGUCCGAGCCUGUGGUGUCUGAAAUCUUUCCCAUUUCUUGAUGUUCCUUCUCUCUCCCUUCAACAAGGAGGACACUGUCUGCUGUGUCUCUCUCAGACCAGCAUGUGGCUAACCUUGGGGUCAACUCUCUGGAUUACCUCUUUCUUUCCACCUUGGUUACCACUCCAGAAAGAUAGGACUUAGUGAAGGGUCAGGAAAAGUGCCGAGAAAUGGAAUCACAUUUUAGGAGGCGGCAGCAAGGAUGGAAGCCCGUAACUCUAACUGGGAGGGCAGUGUAUAAGGCUUCUCUUAUGAACCUUAGAGUAUCCCCUAAAGGAUGUCCCCCUACAUCCCCUUAAGUUGAAAUUCCAGGUUAAGUACUAAAGAGUAAGCAUGGUUUGGAAAAAUACUUGGAAAAAAUCCAGGAACAUUAACAUAAAUCCUAAGAAUUUGGUUUGCAUUCUAUGACAUAUUACUGAAAAAUAAAAUUUCUUAAAUUUAUAGAACUAUGGUCAGAUGCUUUAUAAAUCUUUCCUCUAGUAAUGGGGCAUCAUCAUAUGAAUAACUGGAAUAAAAGGAAUACAUUUGAAUGGCUUUAAAUUAGAGUUUGUUGGAAGAGAGAACUGUGGCAAGGUUGUUUGUCCAUUCAGUGAGAUUUAUUUGCUAAGUGAUAAUUGUUUGGAUGAUUCUGCAGAACUAGGAAUACCCCACCCAAAAAGGACAUUUAUCUGUUUGCUCUAAGGCAGUUUUCUUCUCUGAAGUGAAGGCAUAUUCAUGUUUGAAUCCUUUCCUGUUAAGUGUAUGAUUUAUAUCCUGUAUUUUUAGGUGAUGAUAAUCAUACAUUGUAUAUAUAUGAUUGUGUGCCUUGCAAUAAAACCAAAACUGUACUUGUUAAAACUCACAACAGCCAAUAGUGGUGAAUCAUUUCUUCUUUUUGUGGCUUCUGUAUGGCUACAGCAAGA